AUGGCAUCCACGACAAUAGAAACCGAAGAAUAUGACACGUUACUUAAACGAAUUCUGGAGCCGGAAGACGAAAGUAUUGGAAGGAAUUUUUCAAUAACAACAAAUGGGUCUUCAGUAGGAUCAUUACCACCAGAACUUGAAGCUGCUAUGGAAGACGAGACUCAAGCUGAACAAUACUUGAAUAAAUUAAAAAUUAAAGUUGAAACUUGGCAAACGACUGGUUUAACGGGCGCAAUGAAAAGAGCUUUAGACCUUUUAAAUGAAAAUGGAAUGACAGAUGGAACAGGCUUGGAAGAAGACGAGGAUACUGAUGGAAGUAAUGAUGAACCAUCUACACCUAUAACGGAAGUCCAAGAUCUCCAUUCUCAGCCAAAAAUAGCGGAGGGUUCAAUUUCACGUCUUGGUAAAAUUACUUUGACAAUAAUUACACUUAAUAAACAGAAAUCAAAAUUAAUUUAUUCAUACAUCCAUUCAAUAAAAAUAUCAGUAAAUGGGGUCUCCUCAUUAGUUGAUAUUGAAAAAUGCUUCGAAGGACUUCAAAUACCGGAAUUGGACCUCACAACAACUCCAGAGAGUAAAAUACAAGCAACUCUUAAUGAAUUAUACAAACUACAAGAAGAUCUUCAAAUUCAUUUACAAGGUGGACCGUUAGCCGAUCCAUCAACUUUAGGUACACAAAGACGAAAAAAAGUAUCCGAUCUGCUUGAAAGGGUCAUGAAAGAGGCUGCAUUAUAUGAGGAAUUCGUGAAUAGAGCAUCACAUCUUAGUUUAGAGAGAAUUCUAAAUGAAUCAGAUGUAUCCAGUGAAGAGGAAUUUCAAGAUUCUGAAACUUUAGAUACAGAAUCUGGAAUUCAUUGUUUUGAGGAUUCUUUUUCAGAUAUUUCUCGUAGAUCUACAACAACCACAUCAACAGCUCCCCUUUCACCGCGUUCACUAAAGCCAAUUGAUCCACAUCUAACUCGUCUUCGCACCAUGUCAAACGCAUCGGCCCCUUCGAUGCGAUCUCGUGCAUCAUCCCGUCGUUCACGUUCAUCAUCUCCGUCUGUAUUAGACCAAGGAUAC